UCAAAAUAAAAAAUUCAGCUCUGAGACCACAUCCACUGUAGUGUCCAUUAUAAAACUGAGCCAUUUCUGCCACCACACACACUCCUUAAGCGGCAACUACUCUUCUUGUUUCAGAUUGCAAACUCUUAGAUUCUUUCUUCUUCAAACUGAAGUUGGGUUCUUAUGAUGGCUCUCAAUUUGUCUUCCCCAGCUGAAGUCAAGUCCAUUUUUUUCGCUGAUCCCUUCAAGUCUAAUAGCCUCACAGCAAAAUUCUCAGGAGGUUUUGCUUUUAAAAGAAAAGAGUGUGGAGCAGCGUGUGGAAGGCGAGUUUAUUGCUCAGUGCAGACGCCCCCACCAGCAUGGCCAGGAAGGGCGGUUCCAGAAUAUCGCAAGACUUGGGAGGGACCAAAACCCAUAUCUAUUGUGGGGUGUACUGGUUCAAUUGGAACUCAGACACUAGAUAUCGUAGCAGAGAAUCCAGAUAAGUUUAAAGUUGUGGCACUUGCAGCUGGUUCAAACGUCACUCUUCUUGCAGAUCAGGUAAAGAGAUUUAAGCCUCAACUUGUUGCUGUUAGAAAUGAAUCCCUAAUUGCUGAACUAAAAGAGGCUUUGGAUGAUGUUGAACAAAAACCUGAGAUCAUCCCUGGAGAGCAGGGAAUCAUUGAGGUUGCUCGUCACCCAGAUGCAGUCACUGUAGUCACAGGAAUUGUAGGCUGUGCAGGACUGAAGCCAACAGUUGCUGCAAUAGAAGCAGGGAAAGAUAUAGCUUUGGCCAACAAAGAGACUUUGAUUGCUGGAGGUCCUUUUGUUCUUCCCCUUGCUCAGAAGCAUAAUGUAAAAAUACUUCCAGCUGAUUCAGAACAUUCUGCUGUUUUUCAGUGUAUCCAGGGGUUGCCAGAGGGUGCACUUAGACGAGUUAUUUUAACUGCUUCUGGAGGUGCUUUCAGGGAUUGGCCAGUUGAUAAACUGAAAGAUGUUAAAGUUGCUGAUGCAUUAAAACAUCCCAACUGGAAUAUGGGAAAAAAGAUAACCGUGGACUCCGCUACCCUUUUUAACAAGGGUCUUGAAGUAAUUGAAGCACAUUACUUGUUUGGAGCUGACUAUGAUCAUAUUGAUAUUGUCAUUCAUCCACAAUCAAUAAUACAUUCAAUGGUUGAAACACAGGAUUCAUCUGUUCUUGCACAGUUGGGGUGGCCGGACAUGCGUUUGCCAAUCCUUUUUACAUUAUCAUGGCCUGAAAGGAUUUAUUGUUCUGAAAUCACUUGGCCUCGCCUUGAUCUUUGCAAGCUUGGUUCACUUACAUUUAAAGCUCCUGACAAUGUUAAGUAUCCAUCGAUGAAUCUUGCCUAUGCUGCUGGCCGCGCAGGAGGCACCAUGACAGGAGUUCUUAGUGCAGCAAAUGAGAAAGCUGUAGAAAUGUUUAUUGACGAAAAGAUUAGAUAUUUGGAUAUAUUCAAGGUUGUGGAGCUAACAUGUGAGAAGCAUCAAAAUGAAUUGCUAUCCUCGCCUUCCCUUGAGGAAAUUAUUCACUACGACCUUUGGGCACGAGAAUAUGCUGCUAGCUUACAGGACUCUUCCAGUUUGACUCCUAUUCCUGCAUGAAACUGAUUUAAGAACUGGGGAAUGUGCUUCAUUCCUGCCAACUGCUAGCUUUCACCAUGAUUUCUUUGGCCAUUGAACAAUUGUAUACAAUGUAGGAUGAUGCAUUCCCCAAAUAUUGAAAAAUGAAAAAAAGGUUUUUAUUAAUGGAAUGAUGAUAUUUAAAUGCAUUUAGUUUAGUUUAUCUUGUAGUUUUAUCAUAGUUUCACCGAAAAUAAUGUUUUUUAGUAGUCAAUGGGAGAUUGCCCAUGAAUGUGUCAAAGCCAAGAAAGGGAAUGAAUCUUUUCAUGUAUUAGGUUUGCGGCUAUCUCUUCAAAUAAAUUGAUAUUUAUGAAAAUUGAUAAG